GGUAACUUGCGUGCCAGUGACAGAGUUACACAUAUUUGCUCAUUGAGACUAAAGCUCAUCCAUCCUGUGAACCAGAGCAAUGAAACCUGGCCUGAUUGUAGCAUUUAAACAGUUGUUUUUGAUGGUUUAAAUAGGUUAAUAUCCGUUUAACUGAACGUUAGCUACCGUUAACUAGCAAUGACACUGUUGGUGAGGUCGAACAUUCUAGCAAUUAUGACUCAUAGCACAACUUUGCAAUGCAUUUCCAGACAUUAAACCAGCUUGGUUUUACUCUUCUGUCGGUUGAAAAUUUUAUACAAGGAAAUCACGAGGGGGGAAGUUAAUAGUAAUGACUGUCGGGCCUAGCUUUUGUUCCGUAACUCCCAUGUUAACGUUGGUUGCAUUGGCUAACUGAACCAAAGAGGAAGUCGCUCUGUAUUUAGUUACUAUGGAUGAAGUACAGCAAGGCAGCAAUGGCACAGAUUCACAGACUACCACCAUUCCCACAUCCAUCACAACCUCUCAGUUCCAACAGAUAAGCCAACAGAUGUCACUGGGCAGUCCUUCUGUUGCCGUUGUACAGCUGCCAGGGGGCCAGUUUCAGGUGCAAGGAGUAAUCCAGUCUGCACAAUCAUCAGUCAUUCAGUCGCCUCAGGGUCAGACUGCACAGGCCCAGGGUUCAGAUAGUGAAGAUUCACAGGACUCAUCGGACAGCGGUGUUGCAGCCCAAAAGACCAGAGAAAUUCUUGCAAGGCGGCCUUCUUACAGAAAAAUCCUCAAUGAGCUUUCUUCAGAAGAAGUUACACAUAUUGAGGCAAAAGAUAGCAGCCCAGCAUCCACAGGAGUGACUGGUGUUACAGUACCCACCACACCAAUCUACCAGACCAGCAGCGGCCAAUACAUCACUAUAUCAGCUAAUGGCACAAUCCAGCUUGCGACUCCAGGGUCUGAGGGCAUUCAAGGACUACAGGCUGUUGCUAUGGCGAACUCAGGUGGAGCCCAGCAAGGUCCCACCAUUCUUCAGUAUGCACAGACACCUGACGGCCAGCAAAUACUGGUGCCUAGCAACCAGGUUGUGGUACAAGGUGCAGGAGGAGAGAUGCAAGCAUACCAGAUCCGCACAGCGCCUACAUCCAGCUCCUUGCCUCAGACUGUAGUUAUGACCUCUCCUGUGGGAUUAUCUCAGGGCAAGACUGAUGAUCCAACAAUGAAGAGGGAAAUCAGACUCGCUAAAAACAGAGAGGCAGCACGUGAAUGUCGACGGAAGAAAAAAGAAUAUGUAAAAUGCCUGGAAAACCGUGUAGCAGUCCUUGAAAACCAAAACAAGACCCUUAUUGAAGAACUCAAAACACUAAAGGACCUUUAUUGUGUGAAAACAGGCUGAAGUGGCUGAAUUUAGGUAGAGGAUUGAUGCAGAAUGCGGGAGCGUCACAACCCAGCCACCAGGACAUGAACAGGGUUUCUGGGAACACUUCAUUUAAGGCUGAGAUCCUCCUCUUUUUUACUGUUUGAUAUAAAAAUGACUAGUGAUGGCAGUACAAUAUACUCGGCAAGCAAAAAUUCAACCACCACUUUUCCACCUGCUGUUAUUAUUGUUUUUGCUAAUGCUAUAACAUUUAUAGUUGUGUCUCUUUUUAAUAAUGGGAGGUUUGAAAUUGUGAGCUUGAACUUUGAGUUUCGGUCCCUUCCUUUAUUCUCUUUGUGUUCUUAAAAAUGUAUCUGUUGAAGGUUUUUUAUAAUCUUCUAACAGCCUAUACAGAUUUUUGACUGUAAAAUUACUACGCAAACAUAAUUCCUCUUUAUUUUAUGAACCAGCAAUUCCCCUCAUUUCCCUCCAAAGGAGAUGUUACAACUGUCAUUCCUUAUUUUUGUGCAAUGGAAUAUAAAGGGUAACAGAACGGCUGACCAUGAGUGUGGUUUGUUUAUUUUUUCUAGGCAGUUACUUAGACAAUCAGGGAAAAAAAAGCACAGUGUCCAGGUAAUAUUUAUUAUGUACAUCUUGGGAGGGGUGGGGAAGAAGAACAAACGGUGUAUGAAAUGUUGCUGAUUCUUUGAAUAAAUCUAUUUUCGCUCAUUGA